AUGGCGGGUGAGCGAUGGCAAAACCUCCUUGUGGCCUACGAUACCUUGAGAACAGCAUUGGCAGAGAGUCCAAGAGCCUCUCUUACCACGGCCUCUGUGGUCCUUGUCAACGAGCUUAGUGAAGUGAUUCAGCAUCGCGCGAACGCCGGACAACUGCCGGACUUGCCUGCUACGUGCCCCGACAGUAAGCGCCAUGAAGCAGCCCUCGACAAAGCCUUCCAGCUGUGCCUUGAAGAUCUGCACAAUUCUCCACGAGACGAGCACAGCUUCAUUGUCCUUGUCCUGGGCAGCGCGCACUUGCAGCCAAAUGCGGACAUGGAGGAGCUGCUGGAAGCCAACAUCAGCCAGGUACUGGUCAUUGCAGUGACGGGGUCAGAGGUGGAAGGCAUUUUGUCUGACUUCCAGCAGCAGUUCUUGGAGUCGAUGACUCCUUGCAGCAUCGUGUCUGUCGAGGAGCAAGACCUCGAACAGGCUUUCACGACGGCCGUCGCGGAUGUGGAUAUUCUGCGGCAGAUCGGCGGAAGAGGCGGCAGGCGAAAGAUCCAGGUUUGCCGCAUGAACGGUGACAUCACAGAGAUUGAUCCGCGAGAUGACUCGGUCGGGGAUCUCGUGAAGCGUCUGAAGAUGGAAGACCCAUCGCUCGAGAACCAAGAUUUGAAGCUACUACUUUCCCGCCGAGCAUUGCCCGAGAACUACAAGCUCCAGAACGUUCCGCUGUCAGAAGGGCUCACCAUGGUGAUAAAUGCACCGUUGAGACCAGCCGACGAGGAAGAAGUUGACCUGAGUAGUCUGAAGCUGGCUCCAGAUCAGCGGGAUGCCGUGAUGGAGCACCUGCCGAAGUUGCGUGAGCUCUACAGGGCCUUGCCAGCUCGUUUGAGAGAGCCCGAGGAUGAAACUGAGGCGCCCAUGACACUGACGAAUUUCCUCAGCAUCGUCCAGCCGAGCCACUUCCAAAGCUUCCUCAGAGAACUGGAUACACUGAAGAUCGAAGCUUCGGUUCUCGGAGACCUCGACAGCGCGAUGCUCGGCGACCUCAUCCAAAGCCCUGCCCAGUUCCUGCAGAAUCGCGAGGAGGAGCGCGCGAGGCGGGAGCUUGGUACCUGGCAGCAAUCGGGGCAUGCGCCGAUGCCCGUCGUUCGCCUCUACUUCGUGGGCCAGGGCCGCGCCGGGAAGACUACCACGCUCAGGCGGCUGAAGGGUGAGCAGCCACGUGCUGACGAGAUUUCGACGUUCGGUGUCGACAUCUGGGCUGGAGAAGCUGGCAAGGAUCUGAAUUCCACGUGGAAGGAAAGCAAGACAUUACUCUAUGACCACACGGCUGUCCUGUGUCUCCGCAAGGAUAGGAAACGCAAGACAGAGCCGGUGACGAGGAAGAAAAGCCUUUGGCAAGGUUCUCCAAUCAAAAGGGCCAGUUCCAUGAAAACUCCCAGAAAUCGGUCGAUCUCAGAAUACUCUGAGAAGCACCGCGAGAUGUCGCCGGCAUCAGCCAAGCCUAGCAUUCCAGGUGCCUUGCCUGCUUGCGACGAUGAGCCCGAUCAGAAAGACUAUGCUGUAAAGGGAGAUGGUCAAAACAUGACGGCAACGAAGAAGGGCGUCGGCUUCGAAGAUAUCAGUUCAGCCCAGGAGCAGACUCCGACGAUUGACUUUCGUGACGAAGCACCUUCUUCAUUCUGUGGCUCAAUCUAUGAAGAGGAGCCCGAGCCCGAACUGCCAAAGGACAAGGGCGAGCCCUUGGUAGCACGUCCCAUCGAUGACUGGCUCGUGAAGAAAGUUGCUGCCAAAAACUCUUCAGAAGAGGAUCCUGCGCUCCAGCCGCGGCUGCAGUGUUGGGACUUGCCUGGCCAAGAGGAGUAUGCUCUCUGCAAUCUGCUCUACUUCCAGAAGCGUGGGAUCUAUGUCGUCUUCUGUGAUACAAGCCUGGACAUUGAGGAAGCCUGGCAUCAUCUGAAGUUUUGGUUAUGGGCCGUGGCCCGCUAUGCUGUUGACGCGAAGUUGGGGUCAGACGGGGCUCCUCCUGUCCUGGUUGUUGGGACGAAGUGGUCCCAGAGUCACGAGACCUUUAACGCAGAGGAGAUCAAUCGCCACAUUGACAGCUUGCUGCUGCAGUUGCCUCGUUUGCGACAGCAGCUUCAACGGGUGAAUACUCGGUCUGGAUGGCUGCAUCGAGUCGAAAACUUUGACAGCGAUUCAGAAAAGUACAUACAGCCUUUGCGAGACGGUUUGCAACAACUGGCCCGGGAUACACUUACACCACGUCGGGAAUGGCUGCAAUCUCAUCAACAAGAGGGCACUGAUGCACCACAACAUGUUGGAAUGCAGGCGGAAACGUACCCAGUGUCUUGGCUGCGUGCGCACGAGUUGCUCACUGCACUUGCUGCUCCCUUCAAGCUCACCGUGAACAGAACGAGUCUUGAAGAAGUUCUUCCAAUUCAUGAAUUGCCUGGGACGGCAGUGCUGACAAAGAAUCUCAUAGGCAAGCAUGCAACCCUGCACCAAGACUUUGUAGUUCCUGCCUCUUCACAUGUUUGUGUGAAGACUGCCGCCGGUCGUGAUGAUGAUGUGACCGAUAGCAUUUCGAUAGAAGUGCACUGCACGUCUCUGCGACUGGAUCAGCUCGAAGCAACGCUUACGGGCAUGCAGCCAUCCGGUGUUGCAACAGAGGAUGUCCCCCAGCUGCUGAAUCUGUUGCAUGCGCUUGGGGUUCUAUUUUGGUACAACAAGCCAGGCCUUCGCGAUCACGUGCUUCUGAAUGUCCGAAAAGUGGCGCUCGCCCUGGCCUCCCUCAUGAGUUUGCGGUACUGGGACGAAAGUGCUUUCGAGCACUCGGAGGAACACAAAGAGAGCAUUGACUCUGUGAGCUGGCGCAUGCCGAAAGAUGUGUAUCGCUUCAAAACAAGUGGAGUGGUAACCUGGAAGCUCCUUGAGUGCCUAUGGGAGGAAAACAGUCCAGAAGAAAGGAGGAUCAUGGCAGAGGUUAUGCUUUCGAAAGGCAUAAUCCAAAGGCGACGCAUGCAGGAUGAGUUCACCGUGCCAUGUUGCUUACCCUUGGCCCACCUUCCGGAUCCACAUCCGGCUGAAUGUACAGUUGGUUACAUCGAUGUGGAUGGCUUCAUCUCGCCAAACCUCUUCCCCGAAAUCGCUCACCGCCUGUGCGAGCUAAAGCUCCAAGCUGGAGAAGGGGCAGACCACAGCAGGUUGAGGCCGGGGGCACCUCAGAUCUUCCGAAACCGCUUGGAGUUCCGAUCAGAUGGCAGCACAAUGGUCAGUGUGUCGCUCUUUCCGGCGAGUGGAAGCCAAUUCCGGAUGCUCCGCGUUGCUGUCACCGGGGCGACUGAGGACUUGGCGAAAGAAGAGCUCAACAAGACCGCGAGUGAGCUUUCUAGCAUCAUGGGCUUUGCCACGGAAGUGGCUCAACUGAAGCCGAUGACAGCUGAGGAAUUGAAAAAGCACAAGUGCCUCCGACAUGUUGACUGGGCUGGCAUCCAGGAUGCAGAAAGCUUCAUCCGAUGCACGCCAUGCCUCAAACAAGGCUGCAAGGAAAAGUGCAAGUUCUGCAGACUGUCUGCUUUGGUCGAGGAGCGCUUUAUCGCUGAUCUCAGCGAUGACUUGAGACAAGUCGUCGACCAGUGUUCCCUGCAAAGCCUCUGCCGUCCAGACGGAAGUUUCCGGUUCAGUCAAAUGAAAUUCCCAGGCGAUGUCGAUCUGGAGGAGUACUUGAUAGUGGACAUCGGGCAGGGAGUCAAGGCAGUAGCAGCUCCAGAAGCAGAGGACAGACAGGAAGCGGCGCGCGAACUGCAACUCUUGCUGCAGAAGCUCUGCCAGAAGUUCGAGAAGGGCGGGAAGAGCCGAGGCUGGCCCCCUGUAUACUGGGGCGGGCUAAAGGCAGGUGGCUUAGUUUGGUCGGUGCCAGAUGUGCUCAAGGGGAGCAGGCAAGAUGACAAGGGAGCGGUGGUGAGGCUGCAAGAUGUAUUGACAAAUGGAAGCUCGCGCGCGGCCAAGUUGGAUUUCUAUGCCAGGACGGACCUUUUCAAGACAGAGAACACUUCGCCAGAGGCUCGUCGGUGCGUCGAGGUGACCAACGUUAUUCGAUUUGGUUACAGCUCCGGAAAUGGCUUGAUCCACCCGGUCACACCGGAGAAGGACUUCCUCGGAGCCGUGGAGAUGUGCAUGCACGAAUACUCCGGUCCGCAUCCUAAGGCCAUGAAGCUGGCGAAGCGAUUGUGGGAACGCAGUGCGUUUUUGGCCCAGCGUGAGAUUGAUCUGGAGAAGCAUUUGCAUAUGCUUCACUGCCUGAAGCCUGUUUUUUCUGCCUGGCCAGCUAGACUUACCCAGAUUGCGGCGCAUGCUGAAACACUGUUCACCAUGCUGCGAAGGACGAGGAAGAAGGAGUUGCAGGACGAUGCCUUCAACGACGCUUUAGCAGAUCUUCCAGCACUUCGCGAAAGCUUGCAGGACGUGGAGAGGCAGCUUGCGGAUUCGCAGCACCGAGGGUCACAGUCAGAGACCGACGAAGGCCUCAUUUGCGUGCAGGAUGUCAUUCAGCGCCUGGGGACAGUGAGAGCUGAACAGGAUCGGGCAAGUGUCGGUCAGGAGAAAGCAGCAACGGAGCUGGUGGAAAAGGGGUUGCAGGAGGUUCAAGAGUUGUUGGAGGCCUGUGUGGAGCUGGUACUGAUGAACCGGUUGGGGAGUUUUUUGCACUUCCCGCAUCCCCUGGUGGAGCCCCUCCACGAGAAGUGGGACUUCGUCUCCGACCACCUUCCGGUCGGCGCAAGACUUCGCAGCAAGGGGGCCCUUGCCCUGGGGAAGGACCUGUACGUGGUGUCCUGGAACGUCCUCAACCACCACUUCUUGGAGCAUAUCGAGAAAGACUUGCAGGGCCUUCGGGGCUCGAGCAUUCACCGUGCGAGUAAGAUGAGUAUGAAGAGGGUCCGGCAGAUCGUGGAUGCCGUCAAAACGAUGCUAAACCGUCAGUCCGAGAUGCCAAAGGCCAUCGUCUGUCUUCAGGGAUGUUGGCCGGAGCUUCUCGGUGUGCUGGAGUGGGAGCUGCGGGACUUGCAUUUCGCAGUUCGGCGCACGGGCCGGGAGUUGAGCCAGAAGAACCAAGAGGCCAUCAUCUUCGACAGCAGGUCAAUCGAGCUGAACGAAGAUGCCUUCAAGACUUUCCAGCCGUACAGAGAUGCCACCGACAAGGCCGUGGCAGUUGCCUCGUUCAAGCUGCGCGAUGACAGUGGCGAUGCCAGCCUCCUGCGAAUUGUCACCACGCACUUGCCCGACAUCCCUUACGGUCCAGCUCGGAAAGAGUUCUGCAAUUGCAUGGAGCAGCUGGAGGACGUUGCGCGAAUCCCGACAUUUCUCCUUGCCAGCCUGAGCUUCUCGGACCAGGUCAUCGAAGCGUGGAUGAGACGCAAGUUCAGGAUGGAGAACGUCAAGUUCGCUGGAAUCCCGUACCCAACCAACAUCCACCAGGCAACCCUUCUUCCGAAGAGGAUUGACGGCAUUGCAUCCUUGUCUCCAGAGGCUACGUGGGAGGUUCGAGCAUUGGAGGCAGAUGAGGUCCUGCCUGAGUUGCAGAAGCACGCGGAUCUCCUGCGUUACAGGUGCCUUGGGCUGGAGAUGCCCUCACCAGAAGGCGUGGUGGACCAAGCCUCAAAGAAGGAAGACAGAUCUGAAAGGCCGAAGCCCACGCAGUCAAUACAACAGGCUCUGCCCGAGCAGACCGAGAAUCAAAGCAGUGAGAACCAGCAAAGACAGAAGGUGGAAGACCUGGAGGUGGAGCUCGCGAGGGUUCGCCAGGAUCUGAGGAAGACGGAGCAGGCUCUGAAAGAUGCGGAGGCCGUGCAAGAGCGGGCUCCUCAGCAAGUAGAUGGCAAACUACGAGAAGAGCUCCGGGACAUGAUGGCUUCAAAAGAUGCGGCUUUAGCAGAGAUAAAGGAGCAGCAGGAGGCUGCUGUGGAGGCAGAGAGUGAGCAUCGGAGGCGUCUGGUUGAGAGCAGGCAGGCUACCGAGAAGGAGCAGAGAGCAAAACUGCAGGCAGAGCAGGACAGGAGCGGACUGGAGCAGCAGCUCGCGCAGGGCCGGAAAGACAAAGGCUUACUUGAGGCAAGGUUGGAAAAGCAGCAGGAGGAGUGGAAGGAGUGGAGGGAGGCAGAGGCGAAGCAUGAACAAGGGUGUUGUGACCAGGAGCGCCAGCGCUUCAAGGACGAGCUGGCUGCCGAGGCUGAGGCAUGCCAGGGUCGCUUCGAGGCCGAGGAGGCUCUGCAGGAGGAGUGUCAGCGUCUGAAAGCUCAGCUUCAGUUGUCUCACAAGGAGCAGGAGUCUGCCGUGGAGGCAGAGCACGAGCAUCAGAGGCAGCUGAUGCAGGCAGCCAAAAUGCAGGCAGAGCAGGAAGGCAGCCGACUGGAAGCGGAAGCGCGACUCGAAGAGGCCCUGAAAGAGAAAGGCCGGAUCCAGCUUGCACUGGACUCCGUCGCUGAGCGGUUGGAGAGGAUGCAGUUGGGGCAGGAGAAGGCAGCAGAGGAGAGGAAGCAGGACAAGGAGCGGUGGAACCAGGACCGUCAGCGCUUCAGCACAGGGCUGGAAGCUGCCGCCCUCAAGGAGCAGGAUGUUGCCGCCGAGGCAGAGGCCUGCCGGGGCCGCUUCGACGAAGAGCUGCGAGAGGCCCGGCGGCACAACGCCAACUUAAAGCAGGCCUUGGAUGCUUUCAGGGCUUUGCAGGAGGAGGCAUUCGAAAGAAAGGAGCAGCAGUGUGGGGACCUGGACGAAGAAUGCCAGCGACUUCGGACACAGUCGGCAUGCUUUGCCGCAAGGGAAGGCCAAUCGGAGGAGGAGUGCGAGCGCAUAGAAUCCAUGUUUCAGCAGUUGGAGCAAAAGGCCUCCGAUUUGCACGAAGAGUGCCACUACCUCGGAACUGAGCUCGAGAAAGCUGGCAAGGAUAGGCAAAGCCUACAGGACUCCUUGAUGAUGGUCGUUCAGUCGAAGACCGAAGCCCUCUCUGAGCGACAGCAGGCUUCAAUGCAUGCGGCGGAAGCGAGAGGUCAAUUGCAGGAGGAGUGUCAGCGUCUGAAAGCUCAGCUUCAGUUGGCUCAAAAGGAGCAGGAGUCUGCCGUGGAGGCAGAGCGCGAGCGGAGCUGCCUAGAGGAAGAGCACGUGAGCCACAUAGUUGAGCAGGAACAAGCUGCUAAGAAGGAGCACGGGGCCGAAAUGCAGGCGGAGCGAAGACGGCAAGAGUGUCUCCGGCAUGAGCUCGAACAGGCCAGGAAGGAGAAGCAGCGUGCCGAGCUUUCCCUGCUCUUUUGGGAGGAGACAUCGGCUGAAGAGUUGAACAAAAUGGAGCAUGAGCGGAAGCAGGCAGUUGAACAGGCAAAUCAGGGCAAUGGACUGUUUCAGCAGGAGCGCCAGCUUUGCAGAGAAGAGCUGAAUGCCUUGGAGGUUGAGGCGGAGGCAUGCCGGUGCCGCUCGGAGGAAGAGCUUCGAUGCUUCAGCCAACAGAACGACCGUCUGAAGCAAGCUCUGAGUAAUUGUGAGGCUUCGAAGGAAGAGACAUUAGAAAGGGUAGAGCAAGAAUGCAAGGAAGCUGCGGCUAGGGUGGAGCAGGAGCGUAGCCAGUUUCAGACGGAGUGUCUGAACAUCAGGGGUGAGGUGGACGUAGCUACUCGCAACGAGCGACAGGCAUUCGAGCAGAUGGCGCAAGAGAAGUGUCGUCUGCACGAGGAGCGCAAGUGCCUGAGGAAUGAGCUCGCCGAAGCCGGGGCUUGCCUGCAGCAGUCUCUGAGUUUCGUUGUGGAGUCGAGGGCAGGACCCGUGGCAAUACAGCGGGAGCGUCAGGCGCAUAGUUCCCGCGUGGCAUUCCAGCAGGAGGGCCAGCGGAAGGAGCAUCAGCAUCGUCUCCAGGGGCACCACCAAGAGAGGAAACAUCGCCUCGUCCACGCAAGGGAGGAGGAAGAGCACAAGCUAGCCAGCGAUAGCUGGCACACCGCACAGAUCAGAGACGAUCACGCUUGCUGUGCGAAUCUCCACGACGCAACCAGGAAGGGUGACGUGGUGUGUCUCAAGACGUUGCUGGCUAAAGGCUUCGACAAGGACGCCCGGGACGAAGCGGGUUGGACGCCUCUCCACGUUGUAGCAAGAGCUGGUGACGAGAAGUGCAUGCAAGUGCUUCUCCAGGCAGGCGCAGCCAAGGACGGGCUGUAG